AGGUGACGAACCAGCGCUCGCUGUUAAUUAGUGUAACGAGCCUGGAGCCCGCAGGUAACUGGAGGAAACCGGACGCAGCUGCGCCGCCGCAGCGCAGUUCACGGACUCGACCCCGGCCGCGCGCGCUCGCGCAGACUCCCUCCUUUGUCCAUCUCCGCUUUGCUCGGACUCCUGCGCCGCGCAGACGCUCCCCGCCUGUUGCUCGGCUGCUGUGGAGCAUGGCUGCCAUCAAAGCUCUGGAGUUGUGGUGUAAACUGCAGUGUGAGGGCUACAGAGAUGUGGCCAUCACCAACAUGACGACCUCCUUCAGGAACGGACUGGCUUUCUGCGCGCUCAUCCACAAGUACAGACCCGACCUGAUAGACUAUGACUCACUGAACAAGGAGGAUGUGUUCGAGAACAACAGGCUGGCAUUUCAGAUUGCAGAAGAGAAGCUAGGCAUCCCAGCUUUGUUGGAUGCAGAAGACAUGGUAGCUUUAAGGAUUCCAGACAGGCUGAGCAUUCUGACCUACGUCUCUCAGUACUACAACUACUUCAAAGGAUGCACUGCAGUUGGAGGGGUAAAAAGGCCAGCAGAGGGCUCCAAAGAGGAGCCGUCGGAGAAGAAAAAUCUGCCAGUUCUUUCCAAAACUUUUGUAUCAAAAAAUGACUCUGAGAACUGUUCAGCUUUUUCUCUGCCGGAUCAGACGUCAUCCAAGGUGGGCAGGGCUGCUGCUCAGAAGGUAGCUUUUGCUAGCAGCCAGAACAAAAAUGGGACUCUAACCAACAAAUGUGUGGAAUGUAAGAGUCAUGUUCACCUGGUUCAAAGGCACUUUGUGGAAGGCAAGCUUUAUCACAGGAGCUGCUUCAAGUGCAGUGAGUGUGGCAGUGUGCUCCAUGUAGGAGGCUACCAACCCGGGAAGAAUCCAGACACGUUUGUCUGCAAUGCCCACAAAGACGGCUCAAAAACAUCCUCGUCUGAAGAUGGGGGUAAAAUUGAGAUUGCCAGUUCAGUCCAGCUGAAGCCAAGCGCACCCUCUGUGCUGACAGCCCCACUUCCCGCCGUGGCAAAACCCUUCAGUGCCGCUCCGCCCCCUUCAUCCUGGACGGCCUCGGCCCAGAAGACGCAGGCGGCCCGUCAGAGGUUUUUCCAGACUUCACCUCAGCCAGAAACUUCAACAGAUGUGAGGAAAUCUGUCGAGUCGUCGGGCAAACCAAAGACCCAGCAGAAUGCGGAAAAGUGCGAAGCGAGGAUAACUGGAAGCAAACUCGCAGAGGAAAACCGCAACAAUAACAACAAACGGCCAUUCACCGUCCGAUCUGCAGAGACACGGUUUGGUGAAGACCCAAAUUUUGCUGACAUAUAUAGUCAGAGAAGGGAUAAAUGUGGCCCCCGUUUAGCAGGAAACGGAACAGGAGGGCUUUCUAUUAACAGGAAAGAGAAGGAACCUCCAGUUCUGAAGGUCAUCAACCGAGACGACUUCAGGCCAACAGCUGUACACAAAUCCACUAAAGAUCUACUCAGCCAUGAGAGACAAACUCCGAGGCUCAAAACUGAAGAACAAUUAAGAGACUCUCUGCCUGAAGCUGUUGCUGAGCAGCAUGCACAUGAAUUCAUGUCCACGGCGCCCUGCGACGUCUCCAUUAGUGCAACAAGGCCUCCCCCAGCUCAAACACCUGCUGUACCUGCAGUGUGCUUUGCACUGUUUGAACCUGGAGGCCUCAGGGAUGCCAGUCCCCAGAAACCGCCACCCUCUGAGAGUCUUGACUUGAAAAAUGGAAGCCACUUGGCUGUAAAACCCUCACUCAGAUCUCCUGCAGUGCAAUCUAUUAGUUCUUUGGCGACCGCUCCAUCCAAUUCUGGAAAUCCGUCAGCUGCUAAAAAGGGAAAGUAUUUGUCACCCACCAACGCCUUCAGGACUGAAAUGAGGUCACCCUCUGUGAAGUCUUAUCAUAUCCCAGUGGAGCAGAUUGAGAAGCAGCUGAUGGAAAUUGAGACAAAUUUGGCUCAUUUGGAGAAGGAAGGUGUUGAGUUGGAGAAGAAGCUGCGCAGGUGUGAAGAAGAGGGAGAGGGGGACAUACUGAUGGACCCCCUGAUGGUUGACUGGUUUAACCUCAUUCGAAGAAAGCAGAUGUACAUCAGGAAGGAAUCAGAGCUUGUAUAUAUAGCCAGGACUCAGGAACUGGAGGAGCAGCAGCCGAAUGUGGAGGAAGAACUGCGCAUGCUGCUGGAGAAACCUGAUCAUUUGAAGUCCAGGGACGAGAAACGGAGGGAGAAGACACUGAUGCAGCGACUGAUGGAGAUCAUUGAUGACAGAAAUGCGAUUGUGGAGGGUCUUGAUGAGGACAGACUGAGGGAAGUGGAAGAAGAUCAACAGUUGAAUAAGAUGAUGCAAAAUCUUGGAGUGAAGAAAACCAAAAAUAAGAGGAAGUCCUUCUCCAAACUGUUCAGGCGAAGAAGUAAAAGAAGAGUUGAAUAAAGUCUUUUUUUUGUUUCUAUUUCAAACGUUUUUUUACACUUCAUUGUUAUAUAAAUGGUUUCUUAAAAAGGCAACAGUUCCCCAUGAUUAAAUGCAGUUUUAAGGAUUUACGACUUUUUUAGCUGAAAUCUCUUAUUUCACAAUGUUGCACAAAAUUGUUUAAAUAGUAAAGCGCACGAUAAUUGUCACAUUAAAUGUUGGUGCUAAAUGCUCUGACCCAACUUGGAGGUUUUUCUGAUUUGUAAAGGUGCAUUUUAUGACCCAAUUGGCACAAAAGUUCACCACUUCAAAAAAGAAAUGUAAGUUUUAUCAGAAAGAUGAACGUAUUUUCAUUACUAAUGCAAUUCAUUAAAAAGAAUUUGAGCAAUUAAGAUUUUAAUUUUCAAUAUUUAUUUAGUGUUUUGUUUAAUAAAUGUAACACUUAGGCUUUUCCACCUAAAGCGUGAACUCUCAUCUUGAGGUGCUACUCUUCUCAGUUUGGCCUGUAGGGGGCAGCGUGGGUAUGUGCUUCUCCAUUCAAAAACUUGAAAAUCCAAUUUGCCACAGUACAGACAGUUAAUUUCUUUGCUAAUUUCAUAAAUGCUGCCAAAAUGUUCAGCUGUGCUGAUGCAAUAAUGUUAUGUGAAAGAGGAUUAAGUUGAGCAGUAGCUUUAACUGGGGAAGGCUUAUAAACUAUAGGUCCUAUUGAGUUUUUUUAUCUGCAAACCUGGUUUAAUUAAACGUUAGUUUUUUUUAAUUAAUAUCUGCAUCAGAAUGACUGCAUACCUGAGCUAUUAAAACGUCCCUGUGACAUGUGGAGUCGCUCAUGUGUGAAAAUGGAAAUUUUUGUGGUGUUUGUGAGGGAAUGCAACCGUAUUCGUUCAUCCUAUGUACGUAACCUGUUUAUAAUCAUUUUAAAAGUUGAAAUCUGUUUUUCUAAUAAAUCCUUCAAAGACUGUA